CUAAACCUUUUUUUCCACAAUGCCCGCGCGAGCGAGAGGAAGCUUCCUGAAAAUCUAGGGUUUCACGAUCUCGAUCUCCGUCUGAGAUUCAUGGAACCCGCCGGCGAGGAGGAGCAGGAUGGGGUCUCAGUUCAUUCCCCUGCCCAGGCUCCGCCAUCCUCUGCAUCAUCGCUCCCCAAGAAUCAAGAUCAUUCGCAGGUUGAGCUGGAGCUGCGUGCGCUUGAAGCGCUGGAGACUUACCCUCCUGUUAGGCUGAAAGGUGUGCACCGUCACUUUGUUCUUUAUGGGUUGAUGGAGAAUCUACGGAGGAGCUGCGAUAGGCACUUUUCAGCAGAUGAAGUUUUGCAGCUCUUGGAUCGCUUCUUUAAUUUAGAAAUGCUGAAACCUGAUGAUGAAGAGAUGGAUAUCUUUAAUCAAGAGGAAGAUUUUUCCUUGCCGCAGAGCUUUUUUGUGAAGGAGGAAACAUGAAAUGCAGAAGGUAAAAUUUUCCUCUGCACUGAAUAAUUUUUUGUUAGUAGCUACCUUUAAGAAAAACGAUCUUAACAUUGCGACAUUGAAGGGAUCUAAUACUCACAGUCUCGAGACUCAAUUUUGAAGAACCAAGUCCAUAGUUUUGGUAGCUUCUUGUAUCAUUGUUGCAGAGCAACCACAAGUGAUGCAAAAGACUUUUGUACAUAGUAAGUCUGUUAUUGUCAUCUCAAUGGAUAUAGAGGCCUUAUGUUAGAGAACCAUAACCUAACUUUACUGUUCAAUGUUUGUACUUAAAUUAUAUAAUUCAGCAUUAUUGUCUC